AUGUCGACUUUUAAUCUCAACGGCGUUACCAAGAAAACUGACACAGAUGAGGAUAUUGAUGACAUUGAUUUCUCCAAGUUGCUAGAGAAGCCAAGGCCGUUGAACAUCGAUAGACUGCUAUCUCUUGACGAAAGGUCUCUCACUGAGCUCUCCACCUCACCACAGCUUAGAAACGCGGAGAAUGCUCCUCGUCUUCUCCAUGAUUGUGUGGCUUCACCUAGCAUUGGAUUCAAUACUCCUCGGUCUGUGCAUGGAUUUGAGUCUCAUCCCAUGGUGGGAGAGGCUUGGGAUGCUUUGAGACGGUCUAUGGUUUACUUCCGUGGACAACCUGUUGGAACUAUCGCUGCUGUUGAUAACUCUGAGGAGAAACUCAACUACGAUCAGGUGUUUGUGAGAGACUUUGUGCCAAGUGCUUUAGCGUUCUUGAUGAAUGGAGAGACGGAGAUAGUGAGAAACUUCCUUUUGAAGACUCUUCGUUUACAGUCAUGGGAGAAAAAGAUUGAUAGGUUCCAGCUUGGUGAAGGAGUUAUGCCUGCUAGCUUCAAGGUUUUUCAUGACCCUGUUAGAAACCAUGAGACGUUGAUAGCUGAUUUUGGUGAGAGUGCGAUUGGAAGAGUGGCGCCCGUUGAUUCUGGUUUCUGGUGGAUUAUUCUGCUCAGAGCAUACACCAAGUCUACUGGAGACUCUUCUCUUGCUGACAUGCCUGAUUGCCAGAAGGGUAUACGGUUGAUAUUAAGCUUGUGUUUGUCUGAGGGGUUUGAUACCUUUCCCACUCUCUUAUGCGCUGAUGGUUGCUGUAUGAUUGAUCGCAGGAUGGGAGUUUAUGGUUACCCCAUAGAGAUUCAAGCUCUUUUCUUCAUGUCCUUGAGGUGUGCCUUGCUCCUGCUCAAACCUGAGGGAGAAGGUAAAGAAAUGGUGGAACAGAUAGUGAAGCGACUUCAUGCACUGAGCUACCACAUGAGGAGCUACUUUUGGCUAGACUUGAAGCAGCUUAAUGACAUAUACCGAUACAAGACAGAGGAAUACUCUCACACUGCUGUCAACAAGUUCAACGUAAUCCCUGACUCACUUCCAGAAUGGGUCUUCGACUUCAUGCCGCCUAAUGGAGGGUUCUUCAUCGGCAAUGUUAGCCCUGCAAGAAUGGAUUUCCGUUGGUUUGCUCUUGGCAAUUGUAUAGCCAUAUUGUCUUCCUUGGCUACUCCUGAACAGUCAACUGCAAUUAUGGAUCUCAUAGAAGCUCGCUGGGAAGAGCUGGUAGGAGAAAUGCCACUGAAAGUUUGCUACCCUGCAAUAGAAAGCCAUGAGUGGAAGAUAGUAACUGGCUGUGAUCCCAAAAACACUCGAUGGAGCUACCACAAUGGAGGGUCUUGGCCAGUGCUGCUAUGGCUACUGACGGCUGCUUGUAUCAAAACGGGUCGACCUCAGAUAGCAAGAAGAGCAAUUGAAGUAGCGGAAGCUAGGCUACAUAAAGACAACUGGCCUGAAUACUAUGACGGAACGGUAGGGAGAUACGUGGGGAAACAAGCACGUAAAUGUCAGACCUGGUCAAUCGCUGGAUACUUAGUAGCCAAGAUGAUGCUUGAAGAUCCAUCACAUGUCGGUAUGGUUGCUCUCGAGGAAGAUAAACAAAUGAAACCCGUUAUGAGAAGAUCCAACUCCUGGACUUGUUAG